AUGUCUCUCCUCCCCGAGCCCUUCGCGAGCAUCCCUCGUGAAAGCUUCCUCUUUGGCCCCUCACCUGUCGAGCCCCUCCCCCGCAUAUCCGCUGCCCUCGGUGGCAAGGUCAACGUCUACGCCAAGCGCGAGGACUGCAACUCCGGCCUGGCCUACGGCGGCAACAAGACACGCAAACUCGAAUACCUCGCCUCCGACGCUCUCGCUCAAGGCUGCGACACUCUUGUCUCCAUUGGUGGCGUGCAGUCCAACCACACGCGCCAGGUCACCGCCGUCGCCGCCAAGCUCGGCCUCAAGGCCGCCCUCGUCCAGGAGAAGUGGGUCGACUGGGAGGACGUCGUUUAUGACAAGGUCGGCAACCUCCAGCUGUCGCGCCUCAUGGGCGCUGACGUCCGUCUCGACCCCUCCCCCUUUGGCAUCGAGCACAAGGACACCCUUGCCAACCUAAAGGCCGAGCUCCUCGCCGCCGGCCGCAAGCCCUACUACAUCCCCGCAGGUGCCUCGGACCACCCCCUCGGCGGCCUCGGCUUCGCCCGCUGGGCCUUCGAGGUCGAGGCCCAAGAGAAGGAGCUCGGCGUCUUCUUCGACACCGUCAUCGUCUGCGCCGUCACCGGCUCCACCAUGGCCGGUAUGGUCGCCGGCUUCAAACUCGCCCAGAAGAAGAACGGCUCGCCCAAGCGCCGCGUCGUCGGCAUCGACGCCUCCGCCACCGUCAAGCAGACAUUUGACCAGAUUCUGCGCAUCGCCAAGAACACGGCCGUCAAGAUCGGCCUCGACGAGAGCGAUAUCACCGAGGACGACAUCAUCCUCGACGACCGCUUCCACGGCGGCAUCUACGGCGUGCCCGACCAGGUGACCGUCGACGCUAUCAAGUUCGGCGCCAGCACCGAGGGCUUCAUCACCGACCCCGUCUACGAGGGCAAGAGCCUGGCGGGUAUGAUGCAGAUGAUCAAGAACGGCGAGAUCCCCGCCGGGAGCAACGUACUAUAUGCCCACCUGGGCGGCCAGUUGGCGCUGAACGCCUACUCUGGCAUGUAAUGUGUAGAUACGCUUGACGAAAAAAAUGAAAAUACCCUGUACAAGUUUCAACCAUUUCUGUCGGUCCGGCAAGUACCGAGUGUUUCUCUCGCUGUCUGGUUUUCGGGUAAAGUUGGCCGCAUCCACGGGUUACCAAACUCAACGUCGAAGUGCUGCCCGUCGUUGGCAACAGUUGGCCGGAAGCCAGCCCAUGGGUCCAUUUGUCCAUCUGUCUGCCACUUUUCUCCGUCGUCAGCCUGCCAUCGUGUAUGAACCAAGUCCGGAACAUUGUGCACCAUACCUCCAAAUCACAACCGACAUCUACCAUUAUCCAUAUUCCGUUUAUGAUUCCUUCUAUGCCUUCCUUCUCCAAAAUCUAUCCAUCCCGAUCCAUGCCAUUUAGUCCGUACGCCGACCGAUCGAACGCCAGCGCAGCAACAACGCACAUCCAGGGACCCAGCUUGAUGUCGUUCAUCUGG